AGUGCAUGCAUGUUUCACCAAAAUAUCCGUUGGUCUUGGUGACAAGUGUAAAGAUAAAGUUUCGAGGACUAUUGUGGACAAACUCCAGUUGGUUUCUUCAAACAAUUAGAUUACCUAUUUUACACUUAUAGAGCUCUCAUGACAAAUUCGAAUCAAUCGGAGAAAUAGAUAACAAACCCGAAUGAACACGGUUCGAUCACUGUUUAAUCAAAAUGGAUUUUGCAGGAGUCUUCUUUUAAAUGCACAUUAUUAUAAAUCCAAGAUGAGAUAUAUAAAAGAUGGAAUUGCAGGCUUCGAUGAGAGAUGAGGGAUAAUUUUUUUAAAUGGAAAGGAUGGAAAAUAUAUCAAUACACAUCGUUGUCUUCUUGGUUGGUAUGAGCGUGUUGUUGACGAGAUGCAAAGGAUUCGAAUCAAAUGAAAGUUUCAUCCUUGGACCACCCUUACAUCGAACUCGAGAUGACCCUCCUGUCUUUGGGAUAAGAGACCAUAAAACAGACAUCGAUGACUUCGAAAAUACACUCCCAGGUAACGUCAAUGAUGAUGGAAUAGCAUCUAAAGUUCAGAGUCAACGUCGGUAUCGUAGAUCUACAGAUUUCUCUUCGGAAGAGAGCGCGUCACUCGUCGAUAAGCAUAAUGAAUUAAGAGGACAGGUAUCCCCAGAAGCUUCCAAUAUGGAGUUCAUGAUCUGGGAUGACGACCUGGCUAUCAUGGCCCAGGAGUGGUCGGAUACCUGCUACUUCGCCCACGGUCAACCCGAUAACAUCUCACCAUUCAGCACAUUGGGGCAGAACCUUUGGUUGGGGUCGGCGGGGAAGAACGCCCCCGACGGGACGGGGGCGGUCCAGGCCUGGUACAAUGAAGUUCAAUACUACGAUUACAACACAACGGAAUGCAGCUAUGUUUGUGGUCAUUACACCCAGGUAGUAUGGGCUUCUUCCUAUGCAGUUGGGUGCGGAAGAUCCCUCUGUGAGUUUGCUACAUCAGAAAGUUCCAACUAUACAAAUGUCUAUAUUAUCACAUGCAACUACGGACCCGCAGGUAACUACGUUGGAUCACAGCCCUAUGAUGAUGGUCCGAGCUGUACUCAAUGUGAUUCAGGAGUAGCACUCUGUUACAACAAUCUUUGCAAUGAAUGUUCUUUGGAAGAGCAAGGAUGUGAAUGUCGGGUCUCUUGUGAAAACUGCGCCACAAUAUCAAAUAACUGUACAUGUGAAUGCCGAGACGGGUGGUACGGCACAGAUUGCUCGACUGAAUGUGCUGACACCCAUCAGUACUGCUGGAAUAGCCCAGGCUGGCCAGGACCAGAAUACUGUGACGUGCACAACGCAGUGCCCAAAAGAUGCCCAUACAUGUGUGGUCUAUGCAAUCUUGCAGACCCAGACUUCGUUUGUGGUUCUUCUACAACACAGAUGGCUACAGCACAAGUAUCCAUUAAUUCGACUCUUAAGACGAUGACCACAAGCAAUUCUAAUCAAGGGGGUGGGUCGACUUCUGUUCCGUCCAUGACGUCGACAGCGACAAUGACGACCAGCAGUCCUAAUCAAGGGGACAGCUCGACUACUGUUCCGUCCAUGACGUCGACAGCGAUAAUGACGACCAGCAGUUCUAAUCAAGAGGACGGCUCGACUACUGUUCCGCCCAUGACCUCGACAGCGACAAUGAUGACCAGCAGUCCUAAUCAAGAGGACGGCUCGACUACGGUUCUGUCCAUGACGUCGACAGCGACACUGACGACCAGCAGUCCUAAUCAAGAGGACAGCUCGACUACGGUCCCGUCAAUGACGUCGACAGUGACAAUGACGACCAGCAGUCCUAAUCAAGAGGACGGCUCGACUACGGUUCUGUCCAUGACGUCGACAGCGACAAUGACGACCAGCAGUCCUAAUCAAGGGGAGGGCUCGACUUCUGUUCCAUCCAUGACGUCGACAGAGACAAUGACGACCAGCAGUCCUAAUCAAGAGGACGGCUCGACUACGGUUCUGUCCAUGACGUCGACAGCGACAAUGACGACCAGCAGUCCUAAUCAAGGGGAGGGCUCGACUUCUGUUCCAUCCAUGACGUCGACAGAGACAAUGACGACCAGCAGUCCUAAUCAAGGGGACAGCUCGACUACGGUUCCGUCCAUGACGUCGACAGCGACAAUGACGAACAGCAGUCCUAAUCAAGGGGACAGCUCGACUACUGUUCCGUCCAUGACGUCGACAGCGACAGUGAGCGCAGUUGAAACGCAAUCCUCGAGCACAACGUCUCAUUUGAUGACGACUUCAGCUUUGAUGAGUGACGAAACAACGUUUGCUAGCGGUGAGACUACACCGCCACCGUUUUACACAACAGAGCAGUUGACAAUUUCUUCCACCACUAAAGUAUCGACCUUUUCUACCGGUCAAAAUAAUGGUGAAAGUACCUCAGUCCCUACUGAUACCAGUGCUGCAUGUGAUGACAUCAUCUGCCAAAAUGGCGGAACUUUGGAAGAAGUGUCCUGUACUUGUCUAUGCGCAAAUGGAUAUCAGGGAGACGCAUGUCAAAAUUUAGAGUCGGAAGCCCAGUAUGGAGUUGAAAUUACAAUUCAAGCAUCCAUCGAUAUGUGGCAGUCAAUAAGAGGCCUACUUAUUCGGGUGGUUGCCGAGAUUGUCACAGAUUGGUGUAACAUCAAUUUCUCAGUCUGCUGUCCAAGCCAGGGAGAAAAGAACAGUGAAGAAAUCCUCGAUUACGUAAAUGAGACCGACAUCGCCAUCGCAGUCGGCUAUCCCGAAGAAACCACGACCUCGGGAUCGAGCGACCAAUUGUUAUCCGUUAUGCUUCUAGUCACGCCCCCUCUAUCGACGGAGCUCUGUAAUUCGGGAUCUCUCAGCAGACGUCGACGGAGCGCAAGGUUGACUUUGUCAAAUAUUCAGAAGAGAUCAAGUGAAACUGAAGUCUCUUAUCUGGAUCAGGAAGCCUUAUAUUCCGCAGUCACAGAAAAUCUUGAUAUCAUUGAACUCGAACUCAAUAUGACCAUCGAGGAAAUCGUUAUGGGAGAGGUCAUGAGCGCUCCGUCCGAAUUGUCAGCCGCAGUCAUCGUCGGGAUCGUCGUCGCUUCCGUCGUCGUUUCCAUUACCAUUAUCAUUGGUGUGUUCAUUUUCAUACAGAAAAGCACAACUGCAACCAAAGUCCGUCCAAUAUCGUCCAGUUGGAAACCGGCAGUGAUAAAAUAAAUCUUUUAAACAACGGCGUUGAUGUGAUCUUACUAUAUAUCUGACACUGAUCUUAUGCGAAAUCCGUCCAUCCAUGGCAGUUGUUCCCUGCUGAAAAGAACAUUCUGUAUUCACAGUGUGGUUUCACCACAAAAUAGUUAUCAAGGAAUGCUUGAGUUUUAGCGUCAAAUAAUGAUGCAUCUUGUAUCUAUACUCGGUAGAAAUUCAAUAUUUCGUCUUGUUCUCCUGGUCCUCCUUCCUUACGUUCUUUCAUUUUUCUUAAUGUGUUUCAUAUUUUUCACUGAUUAUUUGGAAUGUUAUAUUUUCGUUAUAUUUUUAAUAUCACUUUCUUUCUAGUGUGUUCUAUUCAGUUUGCCCUCAUAUAAUUUCAAUUGUAUGUAACUAUUGUGUCGUUCAUAUUACUUUUUUUUUAUAUUUGCAAUAUGUAUCUAACCCGACGAGGGACAUUGUUACACAAGCCUAGCUUCUCAUUAGUUCCUCUUUUCUCAUGCUCCUCCUUAAUCUUAUAAAACUUUUUUUUUUUUCAUAUUUGUAUACUAAUUAUACAUACAUUAAUCUUUAUGAUUAUGUCAUUAUUUUGACGAAGCUUUAUUAUUUGUGCUUGUAUAAUUUUGUAAAUAUUGUUAUGAGAAAUAAAAACCUGCAAAAUCAAUAUACUGUACCCAGGUGUGAUGUUGGGUGGGGCGCCAUUUUAACACUCGCCUAUGCGGGGCAAAGUUUUACUAUAUAAAUUAGAUCCGCCAUUUUGUGAGAUAUUGGCCUGGAUCUGGGCCCUGUUAUAACGUCGGGCUGAUUCUAUGAUUGAUUGCAUUGAUUAUUAUGUAUGAUCGAUUGUUCAAAUCAGUUACAGGGCCCAGGACCCCGUCUUACAAAGAGUUGCGAUUGAUCUUAUCAACCACAAAUAUGGAAAGCCAGUAAAUGCCAUCACCUGAAAAGCAUGUUUGUUCAACAUAAUGAUGUCCAUUUACAUAUUUAUAGUUUUCUUUGAAAUUCAGUGUGUUUAUCUUUGCUUACAAAGGACAUUGUGCAAAUUUCCCGAGGAGAAAAAAAUGACAUAGAUGGAUUUCCAUAUACUUGAGGUUGAUCGGAUCAAUCGCAGCUCUUUGUAAGACGGGGCCAGGUUUCCCAUCGUAAUGUUGUGCAAGGUUUCUAUAUACAAGAUAUAUUUCGUAAUCCAGAGAUCAAUGUAUGCAAAGCGAAAUAUGGGAUAUGUGGCUAUUCAAAUCGCCAAAUACUUUGAUUACAAACAAAUGCAUGGUAUUAAAGUUUAGUGUUUGAUAGAUUCAUUUCCAUUUAAUUUAAUAUAGAUCUGAUGUAGAUUUCGGUUAUUGCAGUAAAUUAUGUACCGGUACAUUAUGUAUUGUAAAUUUCUUCCAUCAACAAUCCAUUACAGUGACCGUGUUUCUGGUAGCCUAAACAGGUCGAUGUUAGGAAACGAUUUUUUAUUGGUGAUUUACCAAGAAGGAAAUGUCAACAGAUAAAAGGCCAAGGUUUGUUUCAUCUUUUGAUUCAUCUUCGUUUUUAAUCUUCGAGAUUGGAAAGUAAAGACCUCAACGAUUGACUCCGGUGUUUAUUGUAACGUUCAGACAAAUUUUAGUCGCCUGUGAAAAAUAGGAGAGCGCGUGUGCUCAAGACAACAUUCCGAAAUUUUUCAAUGGAAAAAAAGUUAUGUUUCUUGUCAGUUUUAAAAAUAUUGUAAAUAUUGUACGUAAAAGAAAAUUAAAAGAUCAUGUUUUUAUUUUCU